AUGUCCUCCGACGCCUCCUCUACCUCCUCUGAAUCAGCUCCUGUUUUUAACACUGCUGAACCUCACAAAACAUUGAUUUCUCUCAAUAUGAGCAAUAUCACUAAACUCACGCCUAACAACUUUCUCACCUGGCGCCUUCAGAUCCGCUCCUUACUUGAAGCACAUGAGCUUCACUGUUUUAUCUCCGCUGAAGACAACACACCAUCCGAACGAAUCACCACUGCUACAGGUGCAGAUCAGCUCAAUCCCAACUUUGCUGCCUGGAAGCGUCAAGACAAGCUUCUGUUUAGUGCCGUGCUUGGAUCUCUCUCUCUCCCUAUCCGAGACCAGCUCAAGGACAGUGUCAAAGGGAACAAGUCAGUGAAUGAGUAUAUGCGAGGUAUCAUCGAGAAAACUGAUCAACUUGCACUGCUUGGUGAACCUUUGCCACAUGAAGAUGUUCUUGACUACAUCACUAGCGGCCUGAAUGAAGACUAUAGAGCUGUUGUGGAACUGGUUCAAGGACGCGACACACCUAUCUCUCUGGAAGAACUCCAUGAAAAACUCAUUGUGCGAGAGAAUGCCCUGAAAACUGCAGGCGACAACAUCUCUGUUCCUACAACUGCAAACACAACUCAUCUCUCUCGUCAAUCGUACCGUGGUGGUUCUCAAUCCUCUCGUGGUGGUUUUCGUCCCUCGCGUCCUUACCUUGGCCGGUGUCAACUCUGUGGUGUUCAGGGUCAUGGUGCCAAACGAUGUCCCCAAUAUCAACAGCCCUCACAGUAUCAUCAGUCCUCACCGUAUCAUCAAUCCUCACCACAGUUCUCUUACCCGUCUCCGCAGUUCAACUCUUUCUGA